UCCAAGGAGAGCUGCGUCCGUUCCUUCAUACUGAGACGGAUUCAAGAGCUCGUCGGGUCAUUCGGGAGCAGGACAGCGCGCUCGAAGAGCUGGAAUUAAUGAAGACCGCCGAUUCACCAUAGGAACGCUGAAAAUUGGUGAUGUUGAGAAAGGGGGAGUGGGUGUGGGUGGACUCCGACAUCGGGGUACCCAUCGGAGCAAAGGUCAAAGUAACUAAAUCUGGUCGGCGGUUACUGGUGGAUGAUGAUGGAAAGGAAAAGAGUCUUUCCCAGGAGCAGGAAGCGUCCCUCAAGAUCAUGCACCCCACAUCAGUGGAGGGUGUGGAUGACAUGAUCAAACUCGGGGACAUGAAUGAGGCCGGCCUCCUCAGGAAUCUCCUUCUACGACACAAACGAGACAUCAUCUAUACCUACACCGGCUCCGUGCUGGUAGCAGUGAACCCGUAUCAGGCCUACCCUCUAUAUUCAGUCGACCAGGUUCAGAUGUACCACGGUCGACAGCUCGGGGAGCUCCCGCCCCACAUCUAUGCCAUCGCUGAAUCCGCCUACGGUAACAUGACACGUAAUCUCAGGAACCAGUGCUGCAUCAUCAGCGGGGAAUCAGGAGCAGGGAAGACCGAGAGCACGAAGCUUAUCCUGCAGUACUUGGCAGCAGUCAGCGGGGAGCUCUCCCACCAGCAGAUUGAAGAGCAGAUCCUGCAGUCUAACCCGAUACUAGAAGCGUUUGGAAACGCAAAAACGAUCCGAAACGAUAACUCCAGCCGCUUCGGGAAAUAUUUAGAGAUCUUCUUCAACAAGGACGGAGUGAUCGAGGGCGCUCGCGUGGAACAGUAUCUUCUGGAGAAGUCUCGUGUCUGCCAUCAGGCGCCGCACGAGAGAAACUACCACAUGUUUUACUGCAUGCUGGCAGGAGUCACAGCAGAGGAGAAGAAGACUUUGAGCCUUGGAGAUGCAAAGGAGUACACAUUCCUCUCUAAGGGCGACACUGUUGACUGUGAGGGCAGGGAUGAUGCUAAAGACUACAAAAUCAUUUGUUCCGCGAUGAAAGUCUUGACCUUCUCAGAGAGCCAGUGUCAGGAAAUCCUCAAGCUGCUGGCAGCCAUAUUGCAUCUGGGGAACAUCUGCUUCGAGGCAAACACGCAAAAUAACUUGGAAACCAGUGAGGUCAGCAAGUCACAACACUUCAGCAUCGCAGCAUCAAUCCUGGAGGUCCGCAAGUCGUCCCUGGCGUCGAGCCUCACCCAUCGUUCCUUUAUGACCAACAGAGAGAGGGUGACCAAACCCCUCAGCGCCGAACAGGCCUCAGACAGCAGAGACGCUUUCGUCAAGGCAAUCUACAAUAAACUGUUCGUAUGGAUCGUCGGGAAAAUCAACAAUGUCAUCUACAAGAAGUUGGCCAACAACCCCAAAUCCUCCUUCCUUUCCAUCGGCCUGCUUGACAUCUUUGGCUUUGAGAACUUCAAAACAAACAGCUUCGAGCAGCUGUGCAUUAAUUUUGCCAACGAAAAGCUGCAGCAGUUCUUCGUGGGCCACAUCUUCAAGCUGGAGCAGAAGGAGUACCGGAAAGAAGACAUUGUGUGGAACAAAAUCCGCUUUAGUGACAAUCAAAACAUCCUGGACGUUCUGGCUGUGAAACCCUGCAACCUGCUGGCUCUUAUCGAUGAAGAAAGCCAUUUUCCAAAGGGCUCCGACCUAACUAUGCUAAACAAGAUGAACCAGCAGCACAGUGGGAACAAGACCUACAUCGCCUCCAAAAGUGAACACCACACAGACUUUGGGAUUCGCCACUUUGCAGGCGUGGUUCACUAUGACUCCAAAGGGUUCCUGGAAAAGAACAGAGAUGCCGUCAGUUUUGACAUAAUCAAGAUGGUCGAUUUGACCACCAACAAGCUGCUUCAUCAAAUAUUUGAGACUGAGCUUUCAACCAACGUUGGGAAGAUCGGUAACAACAGCAAGGUCAUCAUGACACCUAAGAACUCUCUGCGGGCUCAGAGUGACAGCCGUAAACAGGUGACGACGCUGAGCGCUCAGUUCCGUCAGUCCCUGGACUCCCUCAUGAAGGCUCUGUCCGCCUGCCAGCCUUUCUUCAUCCGCUGCUUCAAACCAAACAAUGAAAAGCAGUCGAAGGUGUUUGACAGAGAGCUGUGUAUGCGUCAGCUGAGGUACUCCGGCAUGAUGGACACCAUCCGCAUCCGGAAGCUGGGGUACCCGAUUCGCCACACCUUUGUGGAGUUCCUGCAUCGCUACAGGGUGCUCCUGAAGACGACCGUCUGCGACCCCAAAACUGAAACAGCUGCUGCCUGUUGUGAAGCCAUCUGCCAGACGGCGAUAGAAGGAGCAGACGAGUGGAAAAUAGGCAGGACCAAGAUCUUCCUGAGGGACGCUCAUGAUGCCGUCCUGGAACGACUGAGGGAACAAAGGCUCGGCAAGAUCGCUUUGGUGAUCCAGAGGGUCAUGCUGGGACACAAAGACAGGAAGUCUUUCCUGAAGAAGCGGAGGGCUGCUGUGGUGCUGCAGAAGAACUGGAGAGCUUACAAACAGGAGAAAAUUAGGAGAAAGAUCCAGAAAGGCUUUGAGCGGCUGGUGUCAAAAAUCCGCAGUCGGAAGCUGCGGUUGCAGCACCUAAGACAGCGGGAGGCAGCACUCACCAUACAGAGCCAGGUUCGGGGCUACCGGGAGAGGAAAGGCUGGAAGCAGAAGAGAGAGGCAGUCAUACUGCUGCAGGCUUGCAGCAGAGGACUCCUGGCCAGGAGAAUAGCUGAGAAAAAGAGGAAAGAUCUUCUCUUCACCCAAACCCCCUCACAGGCCUCCCUUCUGCUUCUGGCAAAAGAGAACCAACAGAAGAUCGCCUCAGAGCUUCAGCAGCGCCUGGCAGCUAUCGCUCGGUUACAACCAGCGCACCAGGAGCCCGAGCCAAUCGUUGAGCGGGAUUCAGAGGACGACGCAAGCGAUCUCCAGCCCACGCCUCCCGUGGAAGUGAUAAAACCGGAAUCACCCCCAUCCAAUGGAUUUCAGAAGAGAAACGUGCCAACGCCGGUUGAGGAAACAUCCGUUGAGACAUCAGAGCAGAAAAUCGUCACUGCGGCCUCAUCAACACCCACCCCAUCAGUUGAGGAGGAGGAGGAAGACGACGAGUUUGACGAGGGCAGCGAUGAGUUUUCCUUCAACGCGUUCAGCAGCCUACACUUCCAGGGCAACGCCGACCACACGCACUUCAACCAGAGACUCAGGCAGCCGCUUCUGCACCACGACGACGAGGGCGACGCUCUGGCUUGUCUGACUAUAUGGUGGAUCAUACUGCGUUACAUGGGGGACAUGCCGGAACCGAGACCUGUGGACGCCACGUCCCAAUCGUCCACCAUCGCGUCCCGUCAGCUCCCUCAGAGGCAAGGCAGGAGGCUGAGCAGCCUGGUGGGCCUCGACCAGAAAAUAAUGAGGAAGAACAAGAAGAAGCUCGGAGGUGGAAGCAGAAAAGCGUCCAUGAUUCCGGAGGAGCCAGAGAACUUUACAGAGGAGGACAACAUUUUGAUCGGAGAGGGCCCGACACUGGAUCGCCCACUUUCAUCUUUGGAGAAACUGCAGUUCAUCAUUGGAUACGCUCUAUCGAGACCAAACAUCAGGGAUGAGAUCUACUGCCAGAUCUGUAAGCAGCUGGUGAACAAUAAGAACAGGAGGAGUCGUAUGCAAGGUUGGAUCCUUCUUUCCAUCUGUCUCGGGAUCUUCCCCCCCUCAGAAGUCUUUAUGAAGUAUUUGGAGCGUUUUGUCCGCAGAGGUCCGGAUGGUUACGGAAAGUACUGUGCUGAGCGACUGACUCGGACAGCAGCCAACUCAGCAAGAAAGGAGUUGCCCUGUUGGACCGAGGAACAGGCUGCAAAGUCCAAGAAGCCAAUAGAUGUGGCUGUGACCAUAGAGGACGAUCGUGCCAUCAGGUUACAAGUGGACUCCGCCUCCACCUCCGCUGAAGUCUGUCAAGCUGUGGCUGACCAGAUUGGUCUUCGAGACACAUAUGGAUUCUCCCUGUACAUCAGUUUCAAUGAAAAGAUGUGGUCUCUGGGCAGCAGUGGGAGACACGUAUUCGAUGCAGUGUCUCAGUGUGAGCAGGAGAUGAGGAGGCAAGGCAAGAAGGAGAAGGAUGCCCCCUGGAGACUUUCAAUCCGCAAGGAACUGUUCACACCCUGGCACGACACCUCAGUCGACCCGAUCAGCACCGACCUGAUUUACAGACAGGUUAUCAAGGGAAUCAAGAUGGGAGAGUACACCAGUGACAAUGACAACGAUUACGUCCAUCUGGGAGCGCAGAAUUAUUACAUCCAGUUUGGGUCUGCCUGCAACAAAGACAACGUCGGAAAGGUAGUCGAGGAGUGCAUCUCCACAACACUUCUUGAGAAGAAGUCAAAGACAAAGUGGAUCGAACUCAUCAACACAGCGCACAUGGAGGGUCCGUAUAUCAACGGGAACCAGACGUCAGACAGCGUAAAAGGAGAACUGGUCAGCAACGCACAACAUGCAUGGCCCUUGCACUUCUCCAAGUUUUUUGAAGCUACGUUGAUCUCAGAUAUGUCCACAGGACCUUCUUUGCUCAAAAGCCGAUUUUUUGUGGCUGUAAACUCGAGUGGCGUCUUCUUCAUGGACGGCAGAGACAAGAGUCUCCUUCAGAUUCCUUACCUCGAAGUAAAGGACGUACGCAUAAUCAAUGACAGUCAUUUUAGUGACACAGGGUCACUGAGUUUGGCCACAGUCAAAGGAGAGUUUGUCCUGACAUCGGCGGACGCCGUGGAAAUGGCUGCCCUCAUUGAGAAAAACCUCGACGGGCUGAGACGGCGCUCUGUGUACGCGCUGGCUCAACAGGAUGUCGGUAAACCAGACGACCCCGCGUUCCUGCUUUGUAAACGAGGCGACCUUCUGCUAGUAAAAGAUAGAAGCGGUUUUCCCGACAACAACGUGAUGAAAGUUACAAACCAGCGGACUGGUGCAGAGUGUGCGGUCCAUAAGGAUACGGUGCAGUUUCUGCCAACUCUUGAGAAGCCCACCGACGUUAUGCUGGAGCUUCUCUGUCCGGGCCAGAGGAAACAAUCAACCGCACAAAACAACAACCUAAGAAACGAUACGGUGGCCCCCAUCUCUUUGAAAGAGUUUGCAUUUGAUUACUUCAGGCCUGCAGCUAAAGAUGCCGGGCGACACGGUGCCGGUAAAGUGGUCGUCAGGGAGAGACUGUGGGCUUGCUCCAGAGAACCUCUCAAACAGCCUCUCUUGAAGAGCCUGCUCGGCAACUCUGAUCUCAGCAACCUGGCCUGCAGCAUCUUCACUGCUGUCCUGAAGUACAUGGGCGACUACCCCAUCAAACACGCUCGCAGUCCUCUGGAGCUGACGGACCAGAUCUUUGGUCCCGCCACCCAACAUGAAGCUCUGCAGGAUGAGGUCUACUGCCAGAUCAUGAGACAGAUGACCAACAACCCGAGCAGGUUGAGUAUGGAGCGUGGGUGGCAGCUCAUGUGGCUGUGUUUGGGCUUGUUCCGGCCCAGUCCCAAUUUGCAGAAACACACUCAGCACUUCCUGGAGUCGCGGCCCAGAGACCAGCUGGCUCCUGGCUGCCUGAAGAGGCUGCACCAGAUGUCCAGAAAGGAGCCCAGAAAGCUUCCCCCACAUCCGGUAGAAGUGGAUGCCAUCCAACAGAACAGCACCCAGAUCUUCCAUAAAAUCCACUUCCCGAACGACACAAGUGAUAUAUUUGAAGUGAAGUCGACGAGCACAAUCGAAACCCUGUGCCGCAGCAUCGCCAUUAAGCUCAAAGUGAGCUCCGCUGAAGGAUACGGCCUGUACCUAAAAACGCCAAACAAGCUCGUAAGCAUGGAGGAGCAGAACUAUUUUUUUGACAGUUUAAGGCAGACUUCAGAGGCUCCAAAGAAAGCAAAGAAAGUGAAAGAAGGCAACCCAGCCAUGGCGCCGUACCGGGUGAUCUUCAAGAGGAAGCUCUGGUUCAACGUGAGCCCGGGGAAAGACCUGGUCGCAGAUCUAACUUUCCACUUCCCACAGGAGCUGCCCAGGUACCUGCGUGGAUACCACAAUUGCACGAAAGAGGACAUGACCAACUUGGGCGGGCUGCUCUUCAGGGUCGAAGUAGAUUCGGACAGGUCGCAGUUUGUCAUGAUCCCCAGGAUGCUGAGGGAGCUGGUUCCUGCCGACCAGUUAAAAAUCAUGUCCCCCGAAGAAUGGAAGAAGCACAUCGUAUCUGCCUAUAACAGGCAGAGUGGCAUCACGGUGCAGGAGGCCAAAAUCGCCUUCCUGAAAGACAUUUCGAGUUGGCCGACCUUUGGCUGUUCCUUCUUUGAAGUCAAGCAAACUUGUGACUCUAGCUACCCAAAUACAGUUUUGAUCUCCAUCAGCAAGCAAGGGGUUUGCUUAAUAGACCCAGUUACCAAGGAGCUGCUUGUUAUGCACCCAUUCAGCCGCAUCACAGAGUACCAAAGCGAUAGCGGCUACUUUGAGAUGACCAUCGGCACCAUGGGCAACAUCUUUGUCUGUGAAACCACACAGGCCCACACAAUGGAGGACCUUCUUAGAUCGUACAUCACCAUGUACGAGAGGCAGAGGCAGAACUUCCGACCAAGGAACCAAAUGUUUUCCUGAGGCUUCAAGAGCAACGGUGCAUAAUUUAUAUGUACUUUUGAUUAGUAUCUUAAUAACUAUUGCAUUCCUUCACAUUAAAAUACAGUAUACAGUACAAAUAUAUUGUUUGCUUAAUUCCAUGUUUUCGUAUAUAAAUAUAUUUUCUUCAUCUGAACGCCCUCUUAUUUCACUAUUUUAUUUUGGAUUUGCACACUCGAUUAAUAUAAUACUCUGCCUGUACAAUGAGAGGUAUUAUUUGUGAUUUAAUUUAGAAAAAUAAAAUAUAUAUGAACAUACUCAGAAUUCUUUCUCAUUUAAUAGACUGCACACUGUAAACUUGUACCCUAAAGUAUGCUAAAUACAAGAUUCUAUCUGUCAAAUUCUGAAUGAAGACGUUUUCAAUCGUUA